UGCAUCGUUGGCAUUUUGACCUCAGAUCUGAUCUUCGAGCAGUCAACAGCAGACGGGGGUUUAUUUGCAAAACCUCAACCCUUCAAUCUACAAUAAUUUUGACCCCCCUCCUUUUCUCCCUCCGCCGCUAUCUCCCUCAAGUUCGACGAUUCUGGAGGCGAUCGCCGCUCCGACGGACAACUUCAAGCUUUCAAAAGUAAAAGGUGCCUAGGUGCUAAGCCCCAUGUCCGGGGUCUAGAAGCGCCCUCUGUAUUCCAAAACACUGGAUUAAACCAUUCUUACAUAAUCAGAGCUGUUGGUUAAUGGAGAAGAAAAGUAGCAUCAAGUCAUCCACUCUCCUCGGGAGGAUAUGGGGUUUCUUUCAAAAAUGCCUCUUUUUAGUGCUCUCCUUUGGUCCCAUGCCUAACCAUAUAGCAUUCAUAAUGGACGGAAAUCGGAGAUUCGCCAAGAGCAGGGGUAUUAAACAAGGCGGAGGUCACAGUAUUGGCUUUGCAGCCCUCAUAUCUACUCUUCAGUAUUGUUAUGAAAUGGGAGUGAAAUAUGUAACUGUAUAUGCUUUCAGUAUCGAUAAUUUUAAACGAAAGCCAGAAGAAGUCCAAUCUGUGAUGAAGCUGAUGCAGGAGAAAAUAGACGAACUUCUUAAGGAAGAAAGCAUUGUGAAUGAGUAUGGUAUUAGGAUCAAUUUUUGGGGGAACCUGAAACUUUUGAGCGAUCCAGUAAGGUUGGCAGUUGAGAAGGCAAUGACUACCACAGCCAAGAACACAGGGCCGGUACUCUCAGUAUGUGUGGCCUACACCUCUACAGAUGAGAUCAUGCAUGCCAUUGAAGAAUCAUGUACAAAAAAGAUCAAUAAGGUACAAGAAAGGAAUGGUAGUGGUUAUGAAAUUAUGGAAAACUUGGUUUCAGUAGCUGAUUUGGAGCAGCUUUUGUAUACGGCAGAUUGCCCUGACCCUGAUAUUGUGAUUAGGACUUCAGGGGAAACUCGUCUGAGUAACUUUCUUCUGUGGCAGACUACUUUUUCGCACUUGCAGAAUCCGUCCCCUCUAUGGCCUGAGUUCUCUUUUAGGCACUUGGUGUGGGCUAUACUGGAGUACCAGAAGGUCUACCCUUAUUUAAAAGAGCUAAGGAGCAAAAAUAAAAAGCAGAAUUGAAGGAUUAGUUCCAAUUUUUGGAUACUUAGUAAUUUUUAUAUGUCUCGUAUUCUGAUUUUGACCUAUAUGAGAGUCGUACCUUAUUUUGUGGAAUAUAUAUGAAGUUAGAUGACAAUGAUCAAUAUACAAGUGAUUCAACAUACAUCUACCAGUUGUAAACUGUGAACAGUACAUUAUAAAUAUGUGAACUCCCCUAAAGACUCUCCUUCAGAAGCCAGUGGCAACUCUGUGGUGAUUGAUAAUGGGAAACUACCCUUUAAGAGCGAUUAAAGUGGGAUGUUAAUAUUAUUCUGAAGCUUCCUGCCUCUGUAAAGAAGGUGCAACUUCUCGGACCAAUAGGAAGGUGGUUGUGAAUUCAAUUCUGAUAUCCCUGUUGCUCCUGAGAAGUUCUGCUGCUGUUGGAAUUUGCCACAGAUAAGCAUUGCUCCUUUUUCCUACGUCAGAAGAAAGAAGAUGGCUGCUAGUGGUGAUUCUGUUAUUGAAGCAUAUAGAAAGAGCAUUUGCAUGCUUGUAAUAGAUAAGUUACAGAUGCGAAAAUCUUGGUAGAUAUCGUCGAUAGUACAGUCUAAAUCGAGCUUGAUGGGUGUAUUGAGUAGAAGAGUCAUUCGAAUCAUUCGAAUGACCAAGGUGAAAGCAGUUCCUCCUUUCUACGUGAUUCUUUCAGCCAACACGAGGAACUAGUAACUUGGAUACCAUUUUCUGGCUGAAGAUAGUUGAAGUUACUUGAUUUGUUUGUAUUUGUCCUGUAACAGUUACUUCCUCCUUUAAACCAUGUAGGAAUAUUGAGUAGUAAGAGGGUCAAUAAUAACAGAUGCUGGUUGAAUACAAGAUCAAUGAUUCUUGAAGUAUAUCAGAUGACAAAUACUGUUUAAAUCUUGUAUGAACUUGAAUUUUCAUAAA